AUGCUGGCGCACAUCGCAACAGCCGGCGUGCAGAUGAACGAAGUGGUUCUGAACCUGGGGUUGAACUCCUUCGACAAGGGAGGCGCAUGGCAGAAGGCACUGCAGCUGCUCUCUGGGAUGGAGCGCCAUUCGUGUAGGGCUGACGUGUUCAGCAUCAGCUCCGCCAUUAGUGCCUGCCAGCGGGGUGCGCAGUGGCAGAUGGGACUGCAGGCCCUUCCGGACAUGCUGGCAUCCCGCAUCCUACCCAGCCAAGUCACCUUCAACGCCUCAGUGAGUGCUUGUGAGAAGGGUGGGGCAUGGCAGCUGGCCUUGCAGUGCUUUUCUAAGAUGCUUGAGAUGCAGUGCACGCCGAGCGUGGUGACGUUUGGCAGUGCGAUUAGCGCAUGCGCUGCCAGGGCACAAUGGAGGACUGCACUGCAGCUACUCUGGGAGAUGGAGCCCUGUGGCAUCCCACCCAACACGAUCAGCUGCAAUGCCGCGCUCAGCGCAUGCGCGAACAGUGCGAAAUGGCAGCUGGGAGGUCAUUUACUGGAGUGCAUGAUGCAGGGCACCAUGGAGCCAAAUGUGGUCAGCUUCAGUGCUGCCAUCUCUGCCUGUGAGGGCGGCGGUCAGUGGCAAGUUGCACUGGGACUGCUCGGAGAGAUGCCCUUUUUGGACAUAGUUCCCAACGUAGUUGCCUUCAGCUCUGCGGUCAGUGCCUGUGAGAAGGCAGGACACUGGCAAGCUGCUCUGGAAGUUCUCGCCUGGAUGCAAGAUGUCAAGGUGAAGCCCAACGAAAUUACCUUGAACUCCUGCAUCAGCGCCUGCGCGAAAGCUAGCCAGUGGCAGUGGGCCUUGCAGACUCUGUCCUCGAUGAGCCUGCGCAAGUUAACUGCUGAUUGUGUGAGCUUCAAUUCCGCCAUGAAUGCCUGCGGCCAAGGCAAGCAGUGGGAAUUGGCCGUGUGCAUGUUGGCUGAGCUUCCCUCAGCCAGGCUUUGUCCCGAUCUUGUCAGCUACAAUACAUCAAUCAGCGCCGCGGCUGCUGCAGCUUUGUGGGAAGUGGCUCUGGCCCUUUUUGAAGCCAUCGGAGUUGCACGGCUUGCCCCCAACGAGGUCUCUUUUAAUGCCAGCAUCAGCGCCUGUGAGAAGGCAGCCCAGUGGCAGCGGGCAUGCCAGCAGCUUUCAGACAUGCGACGCCGGCAUCUAGCGCCGGGAGUCAUCAGCUACAACUCCUCCAUCAGCGCAUGCGAGAAGGGUUCGCAAUGGCAGGUAGCACUAAAACUCUUUGGCAGCCUCUACUCCUGCAGCCUCUUCCCAAACAGGGUGACUUUCAGUGCUGCAAUCAGCGCCUGCGAGAAGAGUGGGCAAUGGAAGGUUGCACUCCUGCUUCUCUCUACCAUGCUUGCCCAAAGGGUGACGCCCAACGAAAUUACCUUCAAUGCGGCUAUCGCUGCUGCAGAGAAGGGUCGGCAGUGGCAGCUUGCACUGCAUCUGCUCUCUUCCAUGCUCUCCUCCACAUUGGAGCCCAAUAUCUUGAGCUUCAGCCUAGCUAUUGCCGCCUGCCAGCGCGGCCGGUAUCGCCGCGCUGUGUCUGACUUGCUGACCUUGGCCUCUUCCCCCCUACCUCCUUCUUGGUAG